AUGGAGUUUCGCUUACAAACCAACGUGAAACAUCUGGUGUCUACUACGAUCCGCUCUCGCUUCGGUACAAAAUCACGAUACGAUUUGGAUUUUUUGGUUGUUCCCCGAGUCACGUCCAACAUACCAGCGGUUGAAAUAGAUGUUUCCUCUUUGUCGCUCCCAUCCACUCUGCCGUUAGCCGACUCUUCGUUCCACACUCCAGGAGAAAUCGACCUGAUACUCGGAAACGAAAUAUUCUUUGACCUCGUCAAAGGCGGUCGAGUAAAGCUUGGAAAUAGCUCUGCGGUACUGGUGGAAACCGAACUAGGAUGGGUAGUAGCAGGUUCAGUUCACACUCGAAAUCCCAAACAGUUCUCUCGUGUGUGCCAAUUCAAUCGCUUUGAGGAAGAGCUUAACCGAACACUGACGAAGUUUUGGGAAGUUGAGUCCGUUACAUCAGAGGGUAUGCUUACUAAAACGAAAACUGACGUGGAGGAAUACUUCAACCAGACCCAUAACCGGGACGAGCAGGGCCGUUAUCAAGUACGGCUCCCCUUCAACGAACUCAAGGAUAGGCUUGGUGAUUCGUACGAACUUGCCAAGAAACGCUUCGAUCGACUGAAGGUUGCACUAGAAAGGAACCCGGACAAGCGCGAGCAGUAUGAGCAAUUCAUGGCUGAAUAUGAACAACUAGGACACAUGAAGGAGGUGGAAAGUGUGGAUGAGAAAGGAUACUAUAUUCCACAUCACGCGGUCUACAAAGCGACUAGUUCCACUACGAAAACUUGUGUCGUUUUUGACGCGUCAGCAAAAACCACUUCAGGUGUUUCGCUGAACAAUACUAUCUCAGUAGGUCCUACCGUACAGAGUGAUCUGCUGACGAUAAUUUUGCGCUUUUGUACACACGAGGUGGUUCUGACGGCGGACAUCCCCAAGAUGUACCGCCAAAUUCGAAUGUAUCCAGAAGACUGUCGCUUCCAAAGGAUUUUGUGGAGGAACGCCAAUGGAGAAGAACGAACGUUCGAGCUUCAAACGGUGACGUAUGGGGUAGCAAGUUCACCUCAUCACGCUACUCGGGCACUCAUGCAGCUGACAAGGGACGAAGGACAGGAAUUUCCCCUGGCUGCGAACGUAAUAGAGAAAGACAGCUACAUCGAUGACUUCCUGACCGGAGGAGAGUCCGUCGAAAAUGUCAUCACCGUAUAUCAUCAAUUGUCACGGUUGUUAGCGAAGGGUGGAUUCGGAGUCCACAAAUUUUGCUCGAACAGCCCCGACGUACUGAACGUGAUUCCGGAACAUCUACACGAGAAACAAGUCAACUUCGAGGAAAGUGGCGUAAACGAUACUAUCAAGGCAUUGGGGCUCAUCUGGAACCCAACGGAUGACUAUUUCGGCUUUCACGUGAAUCGAUCGGAAAACAGGAUUUCCACUACAAAGCGAACCGUGUUGUCGGACAUUGGACGUUUGUUCGACCCUCUCGGCUUUCUUGGCCCAAUCAUGACCACGGCCAAGUUGCUCAUGCAAGAUGUAUGGCGUAUCGGGUUGGACUGGGAUGAAGCACUACCGGACGAAUUACUGCAGAGUUGGAGAAGUUUCCAGGAACAGCUGCCGUCUGUCAACCAGAUUAGGAAGCGGCGGCUUGUGAUACCAGCAGGAUCAAGAAGAGUCGAGUUGCAUGGCUUCUCAGACGCUUCAAUGCGGGCGUACGGAGCGGUACUGUAUAUCAGGUCUAUCGCCAAAGAUGGAUCGGUCAACGUCGACCUCUUCGCAAGCAAAUCACGAGUGGCGCCGUUGAAGUCUUUAACAAUCCCGAGAUUGGAACUCUGUGGUGCACGACUACUUGCGGAGCUGACAGGAAAGGUGGUAUCGGCGAUGAAUGUGCAGUUCGACGAAGUGAAACUAUGGUGUGAUUCUCAGAUUGUCCUAUGCUGGCUCAAGAAAUCACCGGCAGCAUUGAACGUGUUUGUCGCAAACCGUGUCGCAGCUGUUUUGGAAUCAACGAAUAUCCACCAGUGGCAGUAUGUUCGGUCGGAAUGCAACCCGGCUGACGUUAUAUCCUGA